AUGGCAGAUACAAUCCGCCAGGAAUAUCCGAACACACCACUGAGGCUAGGAUUAACAAUCCCCGGAGUUUUGCACGCAGAAAAAUCACCUAGUAAAAUCGAUUCUGCCGAUGCGUUGGACAGCUUCAAAGUCAACUCUCUCGGGCCUCUACUACUCAUGAAGCACCUCUCCCCGUUCGUCCCAUUGAAGAUGUCACCAGAAUUCCCGACAAUAGAGACCAGCUCUGCAAUCGACUCCCCAGGACCGCUGUUUUUGCCCUCACAUGCCAUCUACGCAAUGAUGGCUGCUCGAGUCGGCUCAAUAUCCGACAAUGCCUCGGGUGGAUGGUAUUCCUACCGUGCAAGCAAGGCAGCUGUCUUUCAAUUGGCCAAGACUUUUGAUUUGCAUUUGCGCGCGAAGAGUGGGCAGAGGGCAAUUUCUGUGGCGUUGCACCCUGGGACUGUGCACACGGAUUUUACUAAGGAUUAUUGGGGAAGUAGGGAGAUGUUGGAGCCGACUCAGGCGGCUGAGAAGCUGUUGGAGGUUCUUGUGGGGUUGCCAUCGGAGGCUGAAGGAGGGAGAGGGGGGUGUUGGGAUUGGAAGGGGAAGGAGAUUUUGCCCUGA